AUGGACGCACCAAUGAUCGAGCUCAAGUCGGCCCUGGCCUCACUGUUUGCAUGCGGACAAUACUCAGAUCUGACCAUUGUUUGUGGCGCCAAAAGAUACUCAGUACACCGUAUCCUCCUCGCAACAAGAUCCACCUUCUUCGAGGGAGCCUGCCGCAAUGGCUUCAGGGAAGCAGAAACCGGAGUGGUUGACCUCAGCGAAGAUGACGCAGAAGCUGUUGAACACAUGGUGCACUACUUCUACCACAUGGACUAUCUCACCAAGAAGUCACUCUCGCGCCGAUCCUCACAACGAUCGAACCGACCUACCUCUCUACGAUCAUCGAUUACCAAGAGGAGAAGCCCCCCAAAGAAGCUGAACCUGGCCCAAGUCGAAGACCCGCUCCUUGCACUUAUGGCAGCAACCAACAACUCAAUGCCGCUGACUCCUCCCGCCGACGAGCCAAUGUUUCAAAGCAUCGAUGCAUCCUCCAAGCUGCCCGACACGCCGAUGGCCGAUCAGUUCUUCGAGGAUGAUGAUCUGGAAAGCGAGCAAUCAGAGACUGAGUUCGACAUUGAGACGACACAUCUCAUCACACAUGCCAAGGUCUACGCCAUCGCUGAGAAGUAUGGCAUUGCAGGCUUGAAAGCGCUUGCGCGUAGCAAAUUUGCAGAGGAGGUUGACCUGCACCUCAGCAGUGCCGACUUCCCAGAGGCCUGCCAAGAGGCGUACGAGUCUACCUACCACACUGACCGUGGUCUGCGAGACGUCAUCAUCCAGACCUUCCGUGCCAACCCCAGCCUGUCGCUGCGACCCGAUGUCGAAAUGGCCGUGCGAGAAACACCAGGUCUUGCUUUCGAACUCUUCCGUAUGGCGAGCGGACUUCCUGUCUCUUCCUGA